AUGGCUACUAUUUAUCAUGAAUACGGUCCCGGUGAUAAGACUUACGUUUGUCCCCAGCAAAGACAGAUUCGACGAGACUCGGAGGAAUUAAGACAUACUGUGCGAAGAUUGUCAGAAUCCGGCUUAAGAAGAGAAUCAGAACAACGACGCAAAUCAGAAGUAAUCAGCGAACGAGCCUCCGUGAUAGGAAGCGUGCAAUCCAUGCGCCAAGGCAAGCUGCCCUCCAAUGAGCAGCUCAACCGGGCCAUGGAUCGACUUUUGAGCAGCAAAUCCAUCGAAACCAACAAGCAACACAUGUCUGCCGAUGGUCAACUCUUGCUCAAAGACUUUCAAGAGCUCCUGCUGACCUUCCAACGUGCUUUACAAACCAAGAAUCGCGAUGAACUAUUCCAAUCUAUGAUCUACCAUGUCAAAAAAUCAGAAGCUUCCUUGAGCGACAUCAAGCCUAACAUCGAAGGCGAUGUGCAACACAAAGAAGAGGGCAAAGGCGAUGCUCAAAUGGGCGCCAAAGCCAUCUUAAAGAUUGCCAAGCUGUUCUUGUUCAACUCUCAAUUCAGAGGUGUCUUGAAUCAGAUUCUGAACAUUGCGCAACAGACUAUGGGCGGUGUCCUGCAAGAAGGCGGUAAAGCAAUUAGCGAUCAUGCAGAUUCUGAGACAAGCCCGGCCUCACUCAAAGACAAGGUCCGUAACGCUGCUUCCAAAGUUACAGACAACAAGAACGAAUCAUCUCCCCAUGAUCAAAGCACCAUGAAGGAUAAAAUUCAUAAUGCUGCUGCUGGUAUGGCUGGUGGUGCUGCUGUCGGCGGCAGUGCUUCCCAAUUGGCUUCCAAGCAUCAUGAUGAAACCGACAACCAGCGCUCUCAGACUGAAUCUCACUCGAGAGACAUUGGCUCUCAUUUGCCCAAGGAUCAUCAACGCUUCUUGGAGCAUCGCUUUAUUGACUCUGAACUAGGCGCUCCUGCCACUGAUGAUGCUGGACACACGAUUGAUCAAGACAUCGAACACGGCGCUGUACCUCAUCCAAACAGCAACUUUGUUGCAGGCUCCAAAAUAAAGCAACCCUUGGAUAAUCAGUCACCGCAAUCUGACGGAUCCCCCAUCGAUGAACAGGUCUACUUGAACAAUCCCUCUUCUAUUCAUCCAUCUACUACUGGUACUACCACUCAGCGUGCUGCCACAAAGGCUCCUACGGCCCCUCAGCAUCAAGUGUUCAUGGCAAAUCCGUCUGCUCUUCACCCCACGGCAACAGAGCCUUCAUCUGCUGUCGGAGGUAUGCCAACGCAAGCAGCAUCUGCCAUUCCAACAUCCACUGCGAAUGACUUGCAACGAAGUGAGUCUCCCUCUUCUUUUACGGAUAUGGGCAAGAUGGGCAAUGCUGAUCCUCAAGAAUUCAAGCACGAACAAUUUUACGGCAACCACAUGGGCGUCUAUACUUCUGCUCUCAACCAACCCAAGAGCCGCAGCGCUCAAGACACACAGCCAGUUGACCAAGCUCCUAGCGCCUCUCCUUCUACCAACGACGAUACUGAAAUACGUCGAAGAUUGAAUGCGGCUGUACCCAAGUAUGCCCCCGGUGCGAAGCCAACUAGCGAGGACUACAUCCAAAGCCGUUUCGAUGCUCCCGCUGGUGGUGGAAACACCUUCCUUCAUAAACGUCUCAAUGCUGCUGUCCCUCAUUCUGCCAUGGAUGCUGGUCAGGUUCAUCCCAUGAGCUCUGUUGGUAUGGAUGGCUACGUUCCCUCUUCCUCUGCUUCUUAUCAACAGCAACAGCCUCAGCAAACAAACAGCAUGCGCCCUGAUUUGAAUCAUGACAUUCAAAACGACAACCAAGAUUUUUUCCAUAAGCGUUUGGAUAGUGGAACCACUCCUCUGACCAGCAAUCCAACUUUGGCUCCCAAGAGUCAUAUCAGUGCUGGCGCUGGUUAUCAUUUGAAGCAGGAUAAUCAUGCGGUCUCUGCCAAGGAGAUUGCAGAAACGUUGACAAGAUCAAGCGCCACUGGUGCUCCUACCCAAAAAACAGCUGACGAUCAAGUCAAGGCGCAUGCUGACAGCUUCCCUGGCCAACAUGUGAUGGAUAAGCUUAACUUUGCCACAGCUCCUGGUGGUGCUCUUGUCAAUCCCCAGCAAGCAAGUUCUGCUCAAUCUCGCCAAAUGCCUCAGCCUGUGCAGGACCACGCCAAUGACUUUUCCGGUGAUCAUGCCAUGGAUCGCAUUGAUGGUCAACCCAAGAACGCUAGCUAUAGCAAAGCUGGUAUUGGUGCUGUUGGAUUGAUGGCUGGUGCUGGUGGUGCUGCCAUGCUGAACAAGCAGCAACAACAAUCUAGUCAGCAGGAUCAAGCCGAUGUGGAUGACCCUAAUCUCAUAAGAAGGUUUAAAGCUGGAUCUCCUGCGUCUGACGACCGUGCUGGCUAUUUCGACAAGGACUUCUCUUCAUCGCACCCAGCUGAAACUGACGCCAGUACACACUCUUUCAUUCCUACUGGCAGCAAGUCAGCUCCCAAGCUUACCACCAAGAGAAGCAGUUUCCAUGAACCCCAUCAAUACCGUGGUGUUGAUGGUCAAGUGCACAUAGAUGAUGGUGCAAACACUCAACCCAUCAUGUCCAACAGAGAAGCUGUCAGAAGAAUGAGUUCUGGUGAAUACGUCGAUUUGAACGCCCACCCUACCAAGUCUGAUUCUGGAAUAGGCGCUGCCUCUGCUCUUGGUGCUGGUACCGGCGCUGCUGCUGCUGUUGCCACUACUCAUUCCAACGAGCAACAAUCCAAAGACGCCUCUGGUGAUCAACUCGAUAAGGAUACUCGCAUUUCUGCAGAUAAGAUUGUCAACCAAGUGAAGCAAAAGACAGGUAAUCAAGAUCAAUCUGAGCAAGAACAAGAAAGAGGAGGAGAAGAACAAGAUUCCAUCUCUGCAAAUGAAAUCAUUUCUAAACUGAAGGAGAUAUUGACUACUGUUCAAAAGAACCCUGAAUACCAACAAGCCAUGUCCACCUUGAUGUCUCUGUUUGGCACGUGGGGUAAUCGACUCAAGACUGGCCAGAUGGAUCGCCGUCGUUCCUCUGCUGUGCCUGUCUCUGAGCAGAACGAGUAUUACAGAAACACUGCUGCGUAUGAGGCCAAAGCCAUCAUUGAAGAUUGGGCUCAAGGCAAGUCAUUGGAUCCUAUUCUUCGGCAAUUUACCGAGGUUUCUAGCAAGCUGAAGCAAGAUGAAAACCUGAAAAAGUUGAUGCACAAGAUCAUUGCUUAUGUUCAAAGGAUGCUCCAAGAGCCUGGCUACCUUUCUGGCAAUGAGUCUACUGAAGAAGGCAGUAAGCUUGUGGAGGAGGUCAGACGUUCAGCUUUGGAAGAAUACAAGCCCCAAGUCCAAAGUAUGAUUCAAGAAUCCUCUGGUAUCAUCAAAUCUGUCUCUGAUGAUCCCAUCUCUCAAAAGAUUGCCGAAAAGGUCAAGGCCAUCCAUGACCACUUGUGGUAUGACAGUAAUAAGCACGCUGCCUUCAAGCCUCACUUGUUAAACGAUAUGAGAAUCACCCUCAUUCCUGCCUUGAUUGAGCAGAUCAAGUUUGUGCCUCUUCCUCAAAUCAUCUACAGCGAUAAGCAGUUCGAAAUUGCCGUUGAGAACAUGGUAUUGCAAGGUGAUACGCUGAUGCCUGAUAUCUUUGAGGUCAAGGCGGAUGACUAUCUGCGAUUCAGCCCCAAUGCCAAUGUCAACUACACCAACUCUCAAAGUGUCCAUGUGCACAUGACAGGCAUUCAAACUACCAUGGAGGAUGUUGUCUUUUAUUACAGACGCAAGGCUGGCUUCCCCAAGAUGUCUGAUUCAGGUGUUGUUUCUAUCGCAACGGGUGGUGCAGGCCUCAGGGUUUCCAUGAGAAUUGUUAGCAGCUCUGUCGAUCAAAGACACUCUUUCAGAAUCGAUCAGUGUCACUGUCAUAUUGACAAACUGAACAUCAAAGUUAAUCAUAGCAAACACAACACACUUUACAAGGUUUUGAAUCCCAUGAUGGCUGGCAUCGUAAAGCGUCAAAUGUGUAAGGCCAUUGAGAACAAGCUCAUCACUACCUUUCAACGAGGUGAUGCCAAGAUUACAAAGCAUCUUUUCGCCCAGAAGCUUUCCAGCGAUACUCCCACAACCUCCAAUAUCAGAAGACCCGGCCUCUUUUCUCAUUUGGUUACCUUGUUGAAUCAAAAGGUUUCCUCUAUUUAA